AUGUCGGUACCUAAAGAUAAUUGUACUUCUAUUUCCAUUCAUCUCGAAAAUUUGUGGGAAGUUUUCCGAAACGAUCCAUUUUCGGAGAGAUCAAUUGAUUUCGCUCGGCUAACUGCAGCAUAUUACCUUGGCUUUCCGUUACUUGCACCAAGAAACCCAGGUUCACUUCCUUCACUUUAUGAAUGGCCAAAAUCAUCAUCAGAGGUAAACUUGAAUAAAGCUGUUCUGCUGAAACGAGUUGACAUUGCAAAAACAGUAUCAACUAUAUGCGACGAACGAACACCACCAGUGCUUUUGUGGGCUUGUGGUCAUCACAUUGAAGCUAUUUAUUAUUGCGAUCAAUUUCGUGACCUUAAAUCACAAGCAAUGCUACGCUUUUUGGAGGAACAGUUAUCAGGGCUUAAGUUUCUGCAAAUUUUUUGUGAAGGACGCAUUGAAAUGGCUUUUAAUGAACUGGAUAGCUUGAAAGAGACAACAGAAUAUGGAAGCAUGCGAAAUAUGCAGUUUUCAUGGGAUAAAUUAAUCGAUUCAUUGCUUCAAAUGGAUGCAAUCGCAGAGACAAAUGCAGUAAAUUUUCUACUUGAUCGGAUAUUGGUCAAAAUGUGCAGUAUAUAUGAGAUGAUGCCAUUAUUUGUGAAUACUAAUAUAUCGCUACCUCGACCACCUGUUUAUAUGUGUACAACUUUUAUUGGUUUCGGCAAAGAGCAAUAUUGCUACAUUCGUUUGUGGAUUCUUAUUCAAGCUUACGCACGUUUGUUAUCUGACGCUAACGUGCUACUGAUUUGUAAAGAAUACUUUUGCUGGAAUUUCUUGGAAAUAAACGGCAAAUGUGAAAACCAAAUGAAAAACGCAACUACUAAAUAUUAUAACUUACUGGAUGAAGCAGGAGACAACGAUGUUAAUGCUUUAUGGAUGAAGGAAGCUGAUCAGAGUGAUUUUGCGCAAUUAAACCAUUUCUUUGAUUAUUUAUCGACAUUUCGUUCACCAUUCGUGCACAUGAGAGAAUUUUGCCCCGAAAAUAUUACUUGCUGGCGAAACCAUCUGCUCAAAGAAGUGAUACUUCGAAAAGAUGUACGAAGAACUAAAAUACAGCAAGAUCAACAAAUGAAUGUAGUUAGAACAAAGGUGUCUCAUGGGAUAUUAAUAAGGGCGGAAUACAUAGCACGUUGUUGGUCGUAUCCAACAUAUGUCGCUGACGAAGGGCUUUUAGCAAUGAAUCUGAAGCUGUGUCCUUCCGAAUUUGUUCAUGUUGCUACUACUCCAGGUAUUGCUGCGUCUACACCGAGAAUCGAAUUCGCAUCAAGGAUGUGCCAUCAUUCAUUGUUUGAUACUCGACCUUGUGCUCAGUGUCCUAUUGCAAUCACGUCACGUUCUUUUCCAACGGUUACACGCUAUUUAAGAACCAGGAAUAUAUCAGACACUGAAAGAAUGGAUUCUUGGAGGAAACUUGAUAGUGCAAUGCAGAAAGUGAACGUUAUGAUCGAUGAAGUCGAGCAGGAGCUGAAGAGUGCCUCAUCAUAUGUGAAGACUUUACUCAACAACAGGCCAAAAACAUUUAUUGAAAAUGCCACAAACAACAACGGAGAUAAUAAGAUGUCAUCCUCUGACUUUAGCAGUCCAGCAAGCCAGAAUCUCGAAACAUCACUCAUUGAACAGUGCAAGUUGGUCAAUGAUGAUCGUUACUCACUCGAUUCAAAUCAUGAACCGGAAUGCCAUUUAGAAAUAGGAAAGCUAAAUUUCGAUUUGCUGUCACCUCCGCCUACUGUUCGUAAUACGACUGCGGUUAAUAUAUCAGCGCCAGCACCAAACGCUUCAUUGCCAUUUCCAGUUGCAUCAGAUUCGCUAUGUGCGAUCACGACUCCUUCACCUUUACCAGUAUGGUUGAAACUGCUACCUGUUAAACAAAAAAAUUUUCUCUUGUCGCUUACUCCAGUGAUCAAACAAGUAAAAGAAAAUAGGAAAGAUGACAAUGUUUCGAAAAUUCAACUGCCACAAAUGAAGUUAUUAGAACUGGACGAAGAAAGACAAUUACCGCAAAGUAAUUUAAAAUUUGAACUCGUUACAACGAUAGCUUCCAGUCAACUAUGUGAUUAA